UAUAAUUAUUCAAACAAAGUAUGAUUGGAAUAAGUGUAUAAAAAUAUUAAAUAUCUCAAUACAUUUCAAAAGUAUAUAGAUUACACUUUAUUUAUAAUACAUGAGCCUACAACAUGAAAAAAAUUGUUACUUUCCAACCUCCUCAUCAACUCUCAAACAACUCCCAACAGCCGCCUCAUCUUCUUUUAGUAAUUCGUGCAACAAAAGAGUUGUUGGUACACUUCCCCUAUUGAAAUGACCAACUAGAACUUGUCUUACAUCAGCUGAUAAUCUCGCAAUAUCAGCCGUGCGUGUUAGCAAUUGCAAAUACUUGUUCUGCUGCCUGCAGUGAUGCCGUAGAGCAAUAGCUAGUUUCAUUCUAUAUUCUCCGACUCCUUCAGCAUUGGAUAGACUUUUCGUAGCUGCUGUUACAUCCGGAGAAAGUAAUGUAAGUGUUUUCAGGGCACACAAUUCCAUUUUAUCAACAUUUAAUUUUUUCAACUGAUCUCUUAGUACUAGCAGCCGUUGAACUAAAGUAUUGACACCCAUAUCAACGGCUUGUUUUGUCAAUAGACACUUUUUAUGACCAACAUAUAACUGACGGUUUGGAGAUUGUACAUUCCUCCAUGCAGCAUUUAGUAGCAAAAGCUCUAACCAACUAUUUUGUAUAAGGAUCACUUGAUCUUCUGUAGAUAUAUUAGAAAAAUUUGGUAAAUUUCUAGCCCAACGAACAAUUUUGUAUAGACAAUGAUCUGCUAUAUGCAUUAUUGAUUGAAGAGGUUCGUUAUCACUGGCUUGCAAUAAAUUCCUACAGCACUCUUCCUCUUCUUCAGGAAUAAGAGUAGUAUCAUGUUCCAAUAAUUGCUCUAAUAGUCUUCUAUGUUCUGCUCCUUCGGACAGUCGUGAUAAAUGAUACGAAGACGGUCUAGCUGACACUGUACGGGAUGUUGAAACAGAUCGGUGAGCUCCGUCAUAAGAUGAGCGUCCCCCCCGACUCCUAUCUGAUCUUAUUGCUUCGAUUUUCAUGCCUGGGGAAAAUUUCAAUAUUUGUUAUAAGCAAUAAUCAUCUUCCUAUAACUCUAUAGUUAUAUCUGAUAUAAUAUUUUUCAUUGAGACAACAGAAAGGAUAAGAAAGAAAAAAAAUUUACCAGCUAUUAAACAUUUUUUGAACCUACAAGCAGGACACUUCUUUCGAUUACUUAAUUCUAUAUGGCAGUCAUUUGUACGAUGACAGGAAUAACUUCUUCCGUUUUGAACAGUUCUUUUGAAGAAGCCUUUGCAUGAUUCACAACUGUGUAUACCAUAGUGAUAACCAGAGACUUUAUCGGAACAAAUAGGGCAUAAUUCUGACGGUGUUCUAACAACUUCAUCAUCUUCAUAGGAAAGAGAGACUUCCUGUUUUUUUAAAAAAAAAAUAAUUCACGUGUCAAAAAUGAAAGUGACAAGAUGUGCUAAUGUUCGUUAUUAAAGAAAUCUGUUAAAAGUGAUGAACAAAAAUUAUUAUGGUCAUUUUUAUAUAUUUUCAGAGGACUUGUGAGAGAUCUAUCUACAUAGUAGGAUUAUUCAAAUUCUAAUAAGACACUAUAAACAAAAAAUAAUUAUUAACCUGAGAUGGAAGAGGUACUUCGUGUUGUGUUAUAUACUUUUUAUUAUCAGCUUCAAUAAUCAUAACAUGUUUUACUGGAGUCUUUGCCUCUUCUUCAUUCCUUGAACUUUCGAAUUCGGAUGACGUUAAAGUGUGAUUAAUGGCUUGAAGUAAAACAGGGGAAAUCCCGAUUUCGUUUUGCAUUUUAAAAUAUUAUGCUCGAAAUCGGUGAAUUAUUGAAGAAAUCCAGUAUUUCCUUAAGAAAAUAGUGUUGUUGGUCUGUUUUCAAUAUGGCGUCGCGUCCCUGACCUCAAAACGUAAUGUGGUGCGGGAAUCCUACAUAAAGUCUGUAGUCGGGCGCCCCGUCACAAAUAAAUUGUAAGCAAACAAAAAAUAGAAGCAGAAUAAAAACAUUCCAAAAAAUACACCUGUACUAAGAAAUCGAUACACAAUCAUUAUUAACAAAUAAUAACAUAUUUCCAAGUACAUUUCAAAUAGCUUACAAAGAAAUGCUUUUCUAAGUAAAUAAUAAUGUUAAAAGAACCCAAAAAAAAAAGUUAAUCCAUAAUAAAUUUAACGUAAACAACAUGUAUCGUAAUAGCUAUUGUGUUUUUUAAUGUAUGUAUGUUUUUAAAAAAAUACCUAUCUCUCUCUUUGUAGUCCAUUUUAUAAAUAAAUCAUUUAGAAAAGUGUAAUAAGUACGUAAGGUCGUUGACUUUUUAUAAGAUUAAUACUGUUUAUUAAAAUAUUAGUAUUUUUUAGAGUACAGAGACCCUGGUAGACCUUGAAAAUGUAAAAUAUAUUUUUUUGUUUAAUAAAAAACGUUACAUAUGGCACUUCAGGAUCAUUCGAUAAUUAGAUUAAUGACCCAGUUACCUCAUAUUGUUGUUUAUCAUGAUCAUAGUAAAAUUUUACCCCAUCAGGAAUCAUUUCACGGGGUUUUACUAUUUGCUGAUGUGUCUGGCUUUACUGCGUUGACUGAACGUUAUAGUGUAAAAUUAAAGAGUGGAACGGAAGAGUUAACAAAAACACUUAAUCGCUUCUUCGGCUAUCUUGUCCAAUUGAUAAUUGAUCAUGAUGGUGAUGUUUUAAAAUAUGCUGGAGAUGCUCUCCUAGCUGUUUGGAAGUCGAAUAGUUUUAAGUCUCUUGGAAAGUCUAUUAUACAAGCGGUAAGAUGUUCCCUGAAAAUACAAAAUUCCUAUUCCGAAUGGGUAACUGAUGUUGGUGUAAAGUUCAAAGUUAAAAUUGGUCUUGCUUCGGGAGAAGUGAGCCUAAUUUUCGUUGGUAAUAACCAAUUUAGACACUAUGUGGCAGUUGGUGAAGCAGUAAAUCUAGUUACAAGGGCUGAAACUUUUUGCGAAUCUGGAGAUGUCGUUUUAUCGCAAUCUCUUUUCAAGUUUCUAGAGGGAUUAAACUCCCUUGAGGUGUCUUUCAUUCCGAAUAAUAUCAACUUUGCAAAGAUAGUUGAUUGUGGUGAUUAUCAACUUGACAGGGAAUUAAAAGCUUUAAAAUACUCCUAUACGUAUAGCAGGACAACAACCGCUACUACUGUAAAAAAGAAACGUAAUUGCUUAAAACAAUCAAACAGUAAAAAUCUAAACAACAGUACAAAUACUUUAUUAAAAUACGAAGAAAAAAGUUAUAUUAUCAAUCAAAAUUCACUUAAUAAGGCAAAGUUCGACGUGCAAACUUGUUUGUUAUCAAAACCGGACAGAGUUAGAAUAGAAGUUGCCGACAAUGAAUUAAUAAAUGGUAAAGAUCUAGAGGAGAAAUGGAGAUGUUUAUCUUUAACAGUAUCCAUUGGUGUUACAACGGGAUCAACGUUCUGCGGUGUUGUAGGUCAUUUACAUAGACAAGAAUAUACUGUAAUGGGCCGAAAGGUUAACAUGGCUGCUAGGCUUAUGGUUCAAUAUCCUGGAAAAGUAUGUUGCGAUUCAGAAACCUUUCAUUAUUCUAAAUUACCCAUUCUUCAUUUUUCUAUUCUUAAAGUUGGCAAAAGAACUGAAAGGCAUAUUAAACGUCGUGAAAAAGAGCUUAGCUUCUUAUUAGCCGAAGUAGAAUACUUGAAUAAGAUGGGAAACGCUAGAGAAAAUAUUAUUGUUGUUGAGGGGGAUUUGGGAUAUGGAAAAACCUCUCUUCUUCACACUUUUAUAGAAAAGGUGAUCUCUUUGUGGGAUACCAAGACAACGAUAAUUACGUACUUUAACGAAUACAAUGAUAAAGGAAAAUUAAAUUCUCUGGAAAGUAUUUUAACUCAACUUUUAGGUAUUAAAUUAGAUUCUGAUAGAAAGAUAAAAGAAGAUAAAUUAAGACAGCUGAAGGAAAGAGAUAAUCUUGAAUGUAUUUGUUUAUUAAAUGAUUAUUUAAAUACGAAAAUACUUCAAUCUGAAAAACUACUUUUAAAAUCAUCAAAGGAAAGAGAGAGCGUACUCUAUCAAUUAAUAUUACUUUUAGUUGAAAAGCUAGUUAACGAAGAUACAUUUUUGUUACAUAUAAUUGAUGAUGCUAAUGGAUUAGAUAGAGAAUUUUGGAAAGUUAUUAACAUAUUUAAAUUAGCUAAAAGAUGCUUAACGAUCUUAUUUAUGAAAACAUCUUCAGAAAUGUGUGAUGAAGCAAUAGAAUUAUUACAAAGCAAUGGAAUUAAGAAGAUUACAUUAAAGCCACUAUCUAGUGAACAUAUUGUACAGCUUUCUAAAGUUUUAUUGAGCUGUGAUGCUUUGUCGGAAAAAUUUGAAAAACAUAUUGUGAAAAAAUCAAACGGAAUACCUAAAUGGAUCGAACAGAUUUUAGAAUCUGAAAACAUUAAUACCGAAGAGGAAAAACCUAAACAAGACAAUAAAAGAAUUUGCAUAAUAAUAAACGAACACUUGUUGGGACAAAUACCCGAAUCCAUUCAAGUUCAUGUACAAGCGCAAUUGGACAGGUUGAAUCAGGCGGAAGAAAUUUUUAUAAAGUACGCAGCUGUUUGUGGAAGAACCUUUGAAAGAUUUCUUCUUCAAACCAUAGCCGAAAAAUUUCUUUCUGAUUAUACAGCGAAAUUUCAAAGAAUCAUUCAAAAUCUAACAGAAAAUGAAUUCUUUUGUUGUGCUAAUUUUCCGGAAGAAGCAUCUUUUAAUCCGAAACUUUGCUAUUGUUACCCGGAAAGAGGUCCUUUAAAAUCUACUUCUACGUGUCCUUGCUUAACCAUAAAGUUUAAAUCUGAUAUUGUUCAGCAAGCCGCCUAUGAAAUGGUUUUAGAAAGUCUGAGACGAAAAAUUCAUAAAGAAAUUGUGUUUUAUUUCGAGAAAUCAGAUAAAAAAUGCCCAGCAUGCGAUAAAAGUUCAAGAUUUUCUUAUGAAAAGGAUUCUUACAUAACGACUCCACUAGCAAACAACAAACUAUCAGUAUUAACCUCAGAUGAAGAAGCUCAAAAUCAGAUGAAUGAUACGAAAGAUAGAUUGAGCUUAUUAAGAAAUAGCUAUUCAGGGAAAUGUCAGUGUGUUGAUAUUGUGAGAAGAACUUGCGAAAAAUUAGCAUAUCAUUCGAAAAGAGCAAAACUUAUCGAAAGAGCUUUAUAUUAUUCUCUACAAACAGCCAAAUUACUAAUUAAUAUACAUCACGAUAAACUAGAUUACCAUCUUAGAAACGUUAAAAGAAUGGUUAAAAGUUUAAGCAACGAAAGGACCGCAUUUUCCACAAAGUGGGACGGAGAAUUAAAAAAUGUCAAUUUAAAUGGAAUCAAAGCAAAUGUAGAGUAUAUUCUAGGUGAAACGAAAUAUUCAGAAGGACGAUGGUCAGAUGCAGCAAUUUAUGCUGAAAGGGCUCUUCAACUUUUAGGGGAAAAUAUAACAAAUAGAAGAUUUUAUAGUUGGAUUGUUUGCAUCGUUGAAGUAGUUAAACAAUUUAUUCAUACAAAGAAGCCGUCAACCUACUUUUCAAGUUCACCUAAUAAAAUUUUGAUUGUUCGCUGCCUGUCGUUACUUUUAUAUUCAAGAAAAUUUAUUCAUAAAGGUCAUUUAAUGAUUGGUGACGUUCUUAAGUUGGUUAACAUGGCAGAAACAACUGGAAAUGCAUACGAGUUGGCAAAAGCCUAUACACUCUUUGCAUCCGUACUUGAGUCGUAUAAUUUAAAAAAUUUGUCAUUAAAUUAUGAACAUAGAGCUAGUCUACUAAUAUCCGAUCCAAAUUUAACAAAGUCUGGCGUUGCUCAAGUUUGCUGUUCAAUUUUAAAUUCAGAAUUAAAGAGAGGAUCAUUAGAAUCGGCUCAGGAUGCCGGGUUCCUGUCGCAUAGAUUAUCAACAGAUUUACGAGAUAAUUUUCUGUAUUUAGCAACUUUACCUAACCUAAUGACCAGUCUAUUAAUGGCAAAAUGCUUUGGAAAAAUUUCUGAAAUAUUAGCUGAGUUUAAUGAUAUCUCAUUAGACUUAUCAAUUUGUAUGAAAUGGGAAUUAGUAACAUUUGCAGGCAUAUUAAAUGAAAAUAUUGAAAAUUUAACAAGAAUAACAAAUGAUCUAUUAGAUAGACGAAAUGGAGAAUUAUCAUUUUAUCUUGCAUCAGCUAAUGCUCUUUAG